UUCUCAGGUUGUUAUUCUUCUUGAAACAGUGUAGGGUUGCAUAAGGUUUCAGAAGUUUAAUCCAGGGUAAAGUACAUUCAAAGUUUUCCCUGCAAUGAUCACAGAGCCAUAUUUAAGUGUUAAAUUUGUCUUCACGUACGCAUCCUUCCUUUUCAAACCUCGAGUUUGCCAGUCAAUUUCUUGUAAGCGACUGAUGGACGCGUACAUCUCUAGUCUCUGCCCACGAGAACCUUUUCCACUAGCGGCGAGCCUCACUUGCAGAGGGUUACCGCUACCGCUUGAAAGAGGUGACCGCCUAAUUAAGGUGAAAAUUACAGUUUAAAGUUGCAGAAAAUUCCACUUCGGGACUUUGACAACUGACCGCUUAAUACCGUGCCGCUAAAUACGGGUUCGACUGUAUUUGUUAUUAUUGUUAUUAUUUUUAUGUAACUAUUUAUUCAUUUUUUAUAGAGUGCAUUCAAAGCUCUUGCCUCUGUUGGCGCAAACGAUGAAGACAUUAGGAAAAAGGUGACAAAAGUUCUUUUGGCCACCUAACUCCCUUGAGUGAUCAAGACAGAAUUUCCCCUUAUUAAAUCAGUACAAAAUCAAGCUGACAAGGAAUGAGGAUAGGCAAAAAUAUCAAAUAGGGUUUUAUCAGGUGAUCCAAUACUAAAUUCUUUUAACCAAUGUCACAAUUAUUGUAUGGCAGAUAAUAAGGAGAAUUACUGACAAGAUCUUGGGAGUGAACAAGAUUUAAGCUCUUCUGCAAAAUAAGGUUCUUCAAGAUGUGUUUUUGAUUCGGGAGCCGACUCUCUUAUUUUCUUCCUUGUAACCGUUUGUUAAUGUUUGAAAGUGUAUUAGAUUGAACGACAUGACUUGCUCUGCAGAUUAUUGAUAUCGAAUGCACCAUGGAUCACGUGGUGUCCGGUCUAGAGGAUCCCAACACAAAUGUCAAGUUAGCUGCAGUGAAGUGUCUCCACAGCCUGUCGCGUUCUGUGCAACAGUUAAGAACUAGUUUCCAGGACACGGCGGUUUGGAAGCCCAUUAUGAAAUUACUUCAGGACGCCAAUGAUAACAUGAUGACUGUGGCCUCCUCUGCACUCUGUAAUCUUUUGCUGGAAUUCUCUCCCAGUAAAGAGGUAAAUAUGAAAGUUAUAGCCUAGUCAAUACACGUUCAUCGACCCAUCACUGUCUGGGUACUUUAUCCCACAAACUCAGAGUGCAUUGUCAUAUUUCAGGAGAAAAUUAGUAGAAUAAUUUCAACGAAAGCCAUUCCAUGCUCAUACUUAUCCUUUUUGUUCUUUUAAGAACUUACAAAUAUUAAACUUUCCUGAUAUUUAUUUCAAUUUGCCAAGUUUGCGUUUCUAUAUAAAAUAGCCAUCCUUCUUAAUGUAGUUAUAGAAAUAUUUUUAUUUACAAUUUGAAUCAAAUUUAUUCGAACAAUACUACAAACUCUGAUAUCUGUUGGUUAUUUUAUGCUCGAACUAAUAUAAGACGGUUUGCCAUAAAAUUUCAGGCACCAAAAGUACUUAAUUCUUUUAACCACAAUAUACAAAGUGCCCCUACCGUCUCUCGUUUUAAAUUUACGAGCAUUGCUCCUGUCCUGAUUCUCUUCAAGUAAAUAUAAUUUGCUGUUUUUUUGUCUUUAGUCUGUCUGCACGUGUGCUUUUUGUGUGAUUGUGUUUGUAUUUUUCUUUUUGAACUGUCAUUUUUCGCCUUUCGUUCCUUUUUAUCUUAAUUAUGUUUUGUUAAUAGUAGUCCACGCAUGAUAACUUUAUUUUUGAUCUAUGUGAGUGGGGAGCUCAUUGUCAAGAGCCCCAUGGUUUCCAAAUGAGCUUCCUUGCCAGGAAUAAGAAAAAAAACGUAUAUCAUUCACGUAUAAUUAUUGUAAAUAUUUUCUUGCGAAAUAAAUCAGUCAAUCAAAUCAAGGCCAUGACUUGACACACCAAACGUUGAGAUGUCGUACGAACCAAAUGGCCCACUAUGCUAGAACUUAUCAUGGUUCCUGUGGCAUGACGUCACUGGGAGUAUUGCUAUUCCUCCUAUGAGGGGUGCAAAUCUAUUACAGUUAAAUUUUACCCCCUCUCCCCCCUCGCUCCUAAGAUUUUUUUCGGUGUACCUGUUAGUUCUUGGUUCCCCUUUAUCUUCAUGGGUGGAGAGAGUCGUGCUCGUAUGUGGAUUGUGAGCAAGGUCAUCGUGAAUGUGAACUGGCAUUUAACAAGCGCCCUUACAGUGUCACUCAAGAAGUAAAAUGUUGAAAUAGUAACUGUAUUUUCACUUUCUAUUUCAGCCCAUAUUAGAAGCAGGAGCCGUCAACUUGUUGUCAAAUUUAACCAGGCGCUCAGAAACUGCACUGCGAUUGAACGGGGUUUGGGCUCUAAUGGUAAGAUUUAUGAAUUAUCAAUAUUCUUUUCUCCUUAUUGGGAGUGCAGUCCAACGUACAACGCAGUUUAAGUUCAUAAGAGAACUCGCUAAUAUCCCGCCAUGUGAUUAACUCGAGCGAUGAACAAGGUGUUUUUUCUCUUGUUACACUUCGUAGAAUAUGGCUUACCAGGCAGAUGAAGGAACUAAAAAUAAAAUCCUUGAAGUGUUGGGACCCGAGCAGCUGUUCAGGUUGGUAACUUGUGAAAAGGUCUAAAAGAAGUCAUGUGUAAUAGUUGGAGCAGUAGAACAAUUUUCGACCCGUAUCAGAUUCGCUUUCUUUCAGAAAAGCAAUAAAAUAUAGCUCUACAAACUAGAGAGUGCCUCUUUCUGCUUUAAACCUCAGUAGAUCUGAUCGCCAUCACACCAAGGUUUUUCUUCUCGUGCAAUUUAGUGACUUCGUUUUUCAAUGUAUGUAUGUAUGUACAGUUUGUUUUUUCUCAAUUCACACCACUGCAAGUAGGCUAUAAAAAAAUAUAAGCUUUUUGUUUUCAUUUUGCAGCCUUCUUGAUGAUCCAGACACACAAGUGACGAUGAAAACGCUGGGUUUGAUGAGGAAUCUGUUGUCAGGACGUGAGGUAAUUAGCAGUUCUUUGAUAUGAAAAAUACUUUCUUGACCAAGCUUGCUUUGUCAUUAAAGGUAUUUAUGAACUGAAUUGAACCGUUAUCGAAAAAAUUGUACAGAAAUACCCGUAUGAGGGCCGUGCGCCGUGGUGUGCAAGGGCCGUACAGAAGCCAUACUGCCUCGCGAGCGAAAAGAAGAAAGGAAAAAAAAAAUGAGCGACGGCCAAACUUAUUCCCGACCGACCCUACCACUCAGUCAAUAAGUCAAGUUUUUUGAAUGAUUUCUUACGCUUUUGUUUAUUUUUAUAAGUAGUCUGCAUUGUUCCGCAAACGUAAGUAAUACGUAUACAAAAUUAAUCUACUGUGUUUAUCUGUUGUUACUUAGAAAACGUUUUUUCUAACAGUUGCUGAUAUAGUUAGAUACAAUGCACGACUUACAAAUUCACAAUGUUCCUUACAAUCAACUACCAACAGUACAUUACUGUAGGGGAAUAGUUUGAAAAUAGAACAAACUUCACUCGGGUAAUUAAACCAAACCUUUUGGUUUCAUACGCUAAACUCUUGAACUGUAAUUUUCAAGAAAACGCCAACAUAAAGACCCCAACAAUAAUCAAGAAGUCGUUUGAAUUUCGAAUCAGUUGAGGGAAAGAUAUAUUAAAUUAACCUUUUUAUAAACAUUGAUUUACGCAAUAUUAAUGUUUUAAAACUUGAACCCUACGUAUGGUAAAUUGUCGAAAGGUCUGAAUAGUUAACUUGGUUUCGUUUCGCGAAUAAUAUUACUUUCUGAUUCUGGUGAGUAACAAGGAAAACUGAAGCAUUUCUUUAUUGCAUUAACUUUUUCCUCCGAAGAACUGUUUUAUACCUCCUCUUCAAGGAGCUGUUUAAUUAUUUUAAUGGCCGUUCGUAGCCGUUCUUUGGAAUUUUUCGUGACUCUUUCUUUUGCUUGGUAUGUUGCGUGAUAUCCUUAAGAACAGCUGCCAAUUAGACUAUUACCAAGUAACAAUUUGUGGGUGGAGUUGAAUGUCAAACACUUGUGGGAAGGUUAAGAUACAGAGUAUGCCCCAUUAGUGAACACGCUUUGAGUCACAGAAUGCGAUGUCACAUUAGAGGGAGUAUUCGAGAGAUUUCUUGCUCUUAUUUGCCUGACUGUUAUGUGAGGCAUAGCGUAGUACAGUCUCUGCCAGAACCACUUGUUGUUGACACUGAGAUACGUGUUAGUGCGCAUGUAUAAUUUCAUUUCUUCAUCAAGCUCGUCCAUGUUCACGUCAUCUAGCAGAAUGAUGAUUAGAUAAUUAGUACGUUCCUCCAGAACUUUCCGAUGUGCGGCGCGGAAUUCCAGCAAGCACCACUCGCUUUUUAAGAAGUUAUUGGAUAACACCAUGAUCAUUCGCUUGCUUUGGUCGACGCUCUUGAAAAUAUUUUCUUGUAUUGUUUUACCCACUUGGAAGUCGCGGUCAUGGACACACAGUGUGUAGGGGGGGUCGUGAUUUUCAAGUCUGUCCCAUAAAGUGUUUGACACCCAACGGUGGUCAUUGCUAUUGUAAGACACAAACGCAUCGUAUAGUUUACUUGGGUCAGAGUCGUCUAUGCGAUCAAAUGGGUGCCAGUUGAAGUGAGUGAACAUGAACACUUUCAUUUCUCCGCAGUACUUGAAAAUCACAAAAAAAACGAUAAGAGUCAAAACCAGCGCACCUGCAAGAGUCAAAGCGAUGACUUUAUACUCAGUACCCAUUGUUGUGGACGGCGUAUUUGCAUCAUCGUUGGCAGAAAUUUGACAAACAAACUCAUCAUCUGGUAGGCUGUAAAUUGCUUUCCCUUGAGCAUUCUCGGAGUUGCACAAAACGUUUUCCAUGUUUUGAAUUCUACUUGACUCUCUUAGCAACCAGUACUUCAUCCAUUUUGUUGUACAGUCGCACUUGAAGAAAUUGUGGUUUAUCGCGAGAAUGGUGAAAUUGACGUCUUCAAUGUUCCGCGGUAAACUGGUCAGCUUAUUCGAAUCAAUGAAAAGAAUUUUAGUUUGCGUUAACUUUCUUACUAUGGACUCGUUUACGACAUGGAUAUCGUUUUCAGUGAGAUAAAGGGCUGAAACGUUUUCUAAAUAGGAAUGUGGAAGAAUCUCCCGGAUGUUAUUGUUCUCUGCAUGAAGAACUAGAUUACCUCUUGGAAACUUGGAAGGAAGCUCAGUAAGGUUUCUUCCUUUGCAGUCGAUGACCACAGCUUCAUCCAUGGCUCGUACAUAACACAAACAUCUUUGAGGACAGUUUUUGAGAUUUCUCUGGCAUUUGAACUCGUCUUCGUGUACAGAUAGUAUAGGUUUAUCGUUAACUUCAUCAUUAGCCGUGCAUUUCCAAGUUUCAAAGUGCACAUUUUGAAUACGCGGAUGCUUCAGCAUCAAUGAUCGAAGCCAGCGAGUCAAAAACAAGAUAUCGCAAUCGCACUUCAGGAGGUUCCCAGUCAUGUCGAUUGUAUAAAUUUGCAGGAGAAACUCGAAUAGACCUAUCUCUGUUCUGUUGAGUGUCUUGACAUUUAUUUUCGAAAAUUUAUUAUAGGCAAAGCUGAUUUGAUUGAAGCUUUCCUUUAGUCUAAACCGGACUGAACUCGCCGUAUCACGAUGGUGGUACAAAAACGUGUUUAAGUCUAUUUGCUUGAAGAGGUUUCUAAGAUCUUGAAAAUUCAAUUCAUUGAAUGACAGAUUUAUUUCUGUAGCAUGUCGUUGCAGGAGUAAAGAUGAAGGAAUCUGCGUUAUUUUGUUGUUUUGGAGGUUAAUCUUUUGCAAAGAACUUGAAUCGGUCGGAAAAGCGUCAUCAUCCAUAAGAGUGAUUUGAUUAUCAUUUAAAUUCAAUAUUUCACAAGAUUUCAAGUUGGUGAACAAUUCAUUUUGAACGAAGCUCAGUUUGUUACUUCCUAAGUCAAUUCUUUUGAUAUUUGUGAGGUUUUUAAAAAGUUGGAUCGGUAAAGACGAGAUAUUGUUGUGAUCUAGUCGUAAUUCCAGGAGACUUCGGAGUCCUUGGAAUAAUUGUGAAGGCAAAUCAUUCAAUUUGUUAUUUCGUAGGUUUAUUACUUGUAUUCCAUUCAAACCGAGGAAACACUUUGGUCCAACUGCUUUUAGUCCAUUUCCCUCUAGAUUUAAAGCAUUUAGAAGUCCUUUAAAUUCGUGGGUCGCCAAAUCUACGAUGUUGUUAUAUGACAAAUCGAAGAAUCGUCGGUACAACUUCGGAUUAACGAUGGUGCCGAAUUGAUAGUGGUGAUUUGCAGUUGGCGUUCUCUCCAGUCCUCUCGGCAGUUCAAGUGUGGUGUUGCACCAAGGAAAUGGCGGUGGUCUUGAAAAAUUGUUGUGAGAAACCUCUAGAGACUGAAGUAGCGGCAUGGUGUUAUUUAGGUUUGUAGGGAUUGAGGAAAGCUGUAAAUUGGAAAGUGAGACUUCGGCUAUCUUUGGCCAGACGUAUUUCCUAAAAAUUCUGGGGAUGCCUCGCGGGUUAGAGUUGUCAAUAGCAAGAGAACCAAUAUUUUUCAGUGCUCGACGUGAGCUAGUUUUUAAUGUUUCGUUCGUUUCCAUUAAAGUUGUGUUCGCCAUUGCGUAGAACACCCGAAAAUCUGUGGCUUGCCCCCAGACAGAUAGGGCCUCUACUGAAAUGCGGCAAUGUCUCAUGAUCUGCAUGUAGGAUAUGAUGUUUUUCUUGGUGACGUUUAAAGAAUUGUUAAAAAAAAUUUGCGUCGGAGUUAAACAGUCGGUGACAAAGUACAGCACGACAUCGCUGCUGGCCGAUAGUAAUUUUAAAAUCUGGCUUAUGUCCAUGGUACAUGGUUCACCCGUGCUGCUCUUCAUCGAACAUACAACCCUUUGUGUUGGAACUUUCACGAACAGAGUGGGUGCCUUCUUCCAGUCGCAGCGGCGAAAUGCAUUACAGUGUUUUGAUCCCGCACUUUUUUGGCUGGUGACUUUGACCAUGCAGAAGGUUAAAACAAAAAUUAUUAUUUGAUGAUAUCCUUUCAUUUCAAACGCAAGAGAGCGGCGUAGUGGUCACGACUAUCUAAAUUGGAUUAAACACGCAGCCGUAAAUUUUGCAGCCAUCCAUUUGCAGUAUUUAUCACCAGUUCUUUUUUCUUCCGUUUCCUCUAAAUUGACAAUGAUAAAUGUAAUGUUUCAGCAGUGUUGGUCUGUUUCUGCGAGAGAAUGUCUUAGCGUGAAUACGACGUGAAGUCCUUCGAUCUUUCCGUUCGUCCUCCUCGGGCUUAAGAUCCAAAUGACUUGAUUUACGUGAUGAUUUGCGUUAUGAUAUUUAUACUUUUCGUUUCAGAUUGUCUCAGACGAUAAUAGGAACAAACAUCUAUAAAUAGACCCAGUCACGCCACUUUUUUUUUUUUUUUUUUUUUUUUUUCAGUUCCUCCUCGAGGAGAUUGCUUCAACUUUUAGUGUUACUGAGUGUUGGACUUAAGACAUCGCGUUGAUUUUGACGAAAAAUUGGGAAGAAUAUUAUUUUUCCAAUUAAAUUUUAUUCUUCGAAGAGAAAUACGAAAGUGAACGAGAUGUGAUGGGUAGGGGAAUCCCCGCUGAAGCUUACCUAAGUUUACUUCAGCGGAAGUUAUUUGUUGUUGAACAUACUGUGUAACCUUGUAAGUGUUUGGUGCCAUAAAAUAAGUUGAGUUAGGGGUUGAGAAAUGAGCCCUUUCGGACAAAAGCGAAGUAUGUUAGAUUCAGGGAGAUUUAUUUGUAUCUUUGACUGUCGGUUUCCAGCAUAAUCCAAUCAAGACUUGAAGAGUAUUUCCGCGACAUUUGCUAGUGAUUGGCACACGAUUAGCAUUCUAAGAAAUUUUGGAAAAUUUUAGAUGCGAAAUAGUGGUUGAUCACGUAGUAGUGUGUCAGAUAGGAGAUGUAGUAUCGAAUUGUGCUCUAAGACGAAUCAAUACCCUCCUUUAAACGAGUUUUCAACCUUCGAAACGUUUGAGACAAGAAUUUCGAUUACGUACGUGAGAGAAAACAUUGUAGUUGAAAUAUAUUCUAUGUUAAUUUGGUUCUUUAAUCUGGAGGAUCCAUUGUACAAUUGAGGGUCAUAUCACUAGGUUUCAAAUCCAGACAGGGGUCUUUGGAAUGUCCUUUGUCCGACUUUAACUCUGUCAGUAAUUGAAAAGUUCCUUUCAGUAUGUUUUAUUUAGCCCGCGUCGGUCGUCAAUAUCCCCUACUUUGAUUUUGUCACAUUGAAUACUUGUCUAACUUUUUCAUUCAGCUAAUCAUCGUUUAGGGUAAUUUAGUAUUAUCAACUGAGUCAACAACGUAAAUUGGCCACCGUAAAUAGUUUAAAAGCUGACGUUUCGAGCAUUAGCCUUUGUCAACGCUUUACGGUGGCCAAUUUACCUUAUCGACUGAGUUGAUUAUACUAAAUUACCCUGUUAUACUCUCCCACCGACGCAGCACCACAGUAUCUUUAGAAACUUACUUCUUUUAUAUUCGCCAUUUUGGACAGCUUGUAUUUUCUUCGCUCGUUUGCAUACGAUGUAAAACAAAUAACAGGCGUCUGCUAGGUUACAGUGUAAUCUCCAGCCGGUUGUUAGAGGCUAGCGUUAGGGUUUAUUUUGGGGUAAGGCAUGAGGUAUAAAAAACUGCCAAAAUUUACACAAUCCAAGAUUAAGUUUAUCAAAUUUUAAACUACUUAACAUUGGAGUUUUACUCCGACGCAGCGAGUUCGUUCAUCGGCUAUUUUUUGCCAAAUAUUAUUUGACCGAGGGACUCAUUGUGAAUCCUUGAAUCCACUCCUCCCCUCGAUAAAGCGCAAUAAAUCGGUCGAUCAUGGAAAAUUUUUCGUAUUAAAUCAGAGUGCGAAAUGCAAUUGUUUUCGAGAGUUAGUACGUUCAUCUCUCAAAUUUAACAAUAAAGUUGCCAGGAGUAGAUCCAAGCAAAGAAGAACAAGUGGCCCGUUGGGGAACUGGCCUUUUUCCAUCUAAAAGGUCAUUCUAGACGAAGAAGAAAACGUUUAUUGACAAGAAGGAACAAAAUUCGUAUGUGACGAAAAAUCCCUCCGAUAACUAUUAAUUAAGCACUGAAGUGAUUAAUUUAAGGAAGAUUAUCUUUUGUUAGUACUUAAAUAUUACACUGCUCUUGAGAAUUCAGUUUAAAAUAUCACCAAAAAUAACAAUAAUAACAACUGCAACAAAACACAACAACAAUUAAACAAAAUAAACAAAACACAACGUUAGUGUGGUUGCCAGGGGACGGGGAAGAGCUCAAUCUGUCUCUUACCAAUUUUUUUCUCUUGCAGCUGUAAUAGUAAUAAUUUGCUUGAACAGCAAAAUAAUUCAUAUGGCUCGUCAGGCCUCAUCAGUGGAGCAUGGCCAACAUGAUGGCUCAUGCGCAGUGUUCAGUGUCGCAGUAUUCCUUUUAGGGAUUCGUUCAAAAUUACGUAUAUCUUUCCUUCGUGACGAGCAAGCUUUCGCGUCCUUCAUUUGAGCACAAAUUUUAUUAAUUCGAUUUCCUUCCUUGAUCUACUUGUACCUCAGGAUAUUGAUCGUAUCAUGCUCCUUCAUGGCGCGCGGAUUAUGGAUAGUGUGAAGCCGAUACUGGACAGUGAGACACGCACUGAGGAUGUCAAAGAACAGGUACAGGAGAGAGAGAUCACUAGAAGCCCAUUUCUCAAUUUGGCUGUAUCAUUUAUAAUUUCCUUAGUUUUCGUGAACACCUGACCUGGUGCCAUCUUGUAAGUGGUCGAUUAAGCACCCGCUUCGCAAAAGUGCCCCUUUAAGGUGAUCCCCCUCCGUUAACUGAGAAGGACCAAUUUUUUGCAAGUCUUCUUUAUGCCACCGAGUAUUUGUUUUUUUUUAGUUAUCAUAUGCGGGGCAAAAUAACUGAAUGCUGAUUGGCUGACGUUGGGGGCAUUUUUUUCUUAAACGCGAGGGAACUUUUGGUAAUCAAGAGGGCGUGAUUAUCUGAUGCUGAUUGAGCCUCUUUGCUGUUAGCGGCAGUGAUUUACUGAUUGCAGUUUAACUGAAUGAAGCCGUGUUACGUUGUUAAUUGUAUUUUGAGAAUAAGAUGUUCAGUGAAUAUGUUGGUCAGCUACGUCUGUUGUGUCACUUUUGGCGGCAUUUAAAGGGCUUCAUCGCGCGGACAUCGUGCGCGAAUACGAUUCCCUCAAAUAUUUUUUCCUUUACGUAAAAACAAGUAAUCGCUAUUGCACUCGGGCUUUGCGACUCGGGCAAUUUUGUGAAAACUUUGAAAAGACGCAUAAAUUAAUCUUUAAUUGUCUUCGGGCCCAUGCUAUUACACAUACUUAUUUAUUCAUUUACUAUUUUGUUUCGUGUUUCUAGGCGUUGUGCGUGAUCGCCAACAUCGCCAAUGGUUCCUCAGCCAAGGAAUUUGUUAUGAGAGACGAGAUUCUGCUCAAACGACUCAUGCAUUACAUGAUGAACGACAGCGUUAAGCUACAAAUGGCAGCCACAUACUGUGUCUCCAACCUGGUGUGGAGCACAGAAGAGGGUGCUGUGGACAGACAGCAAAAGCUUCGCGAUCUUGGAGUGCAAAAAUUACUGCAGUCCCUGCUUACAACAUCAGACGUCAAUCUGUUUGAAAGGUACGGCCGUGAUUUCUUGUCGGAAGGUUUAACAGUAAAGGUACCUCAAGAGCUAAAUUUAGGAUUACAAGAGAGCCCUAUCUGGGACUUGUUUCAAGUUAAGCCACGGAUGGUAAACGGAGAACGGAUGCCACUACCUUUGGCCUCCUUUGCGGACCAACAUCGAUCAGUUGGUACUCUCUGACCUAUACAAAACAGUUGCGAAAUAUUUUUUGGCGAAUAUUUUAUCAUUAUUUCCUGAGAGAGGAUUGUUCAGUUUCGCGUUUUUGUUUUCGAGAAUUAAGAAAUGUAGACAUCGUUUAAAAGACAAGUCAUCGCUUGGAGGGCCGCUGCGAAUCAGAUGCAAUUAGAGAAAUAUAGCACAGACCGUACGUACGGAGAACAAACUAUAGGCAUAAAUUCAAGCUUUAACAAGCACAUGGGGAUGCGAUUUAUUACCGGGGCUUCUUGUCGGAGAGCUCAUUGAAAAUUCACCAGGAGCUAAAAUGCGGAUCAUUUUUUGAACUGAAGUGUUGCCAGGCUUCGAUAGUUAUUACUUAACGUCCAUAGUGUUAUUUUUCCGCUAAAAUUGCAAAAAACGGAGUAGUGAUAUAGCCUUUCUAAUGCAAGCAUAAUUUUCUUUUGGGCUUAAAGGCUGCCUCUUGCCGUUUAAUAACGAUAGCACUCUCCAACCCUCUGUGGUGCAUCGUCAUCUUACCUUGUGCAUUUUAUUUUGAAGUUUUGUUUCAAGGAGAGGGACUAAGAGCAGACACUUGUUUUGUGUUUUGAUAAAGAGGCUUUAUUGGAGAAGGAGGCUUAUUGGAGAGAGGGACUUUUUUGGGAGAGGGGCUUAUUGGAGAGAGGAGCUUAUUGGACAAAGGGGCUCAUCGGAGAAAGGGGCUUAUCGGAGAAAGAGGCUUUCUUUGUAGAGGAACUUUUUUGGGAAAGGGGCUCAUUAGAGAGAGGAGCUUAUUGGAAAGAGGGGCUUUUUUGGAGGAGGCUUUUUUGGGAGGGAGGCUCAUUGGAGAGAGGGGCUUCUCAAGUAGGAAGUGUUUACGGUACUCCUUCAUGGUAUGGAGUAUUACAGUGUACACUGACUUUUCGGGAGUAGAUUGUGGUUCAAAGGCAUCUUAUAUCUCGUUCUUUUUUCCUUUUAUUAACAGUUUUAUUUCCUUAUGUCUUCACAGAGUUAAAACUGCACUUCAACAGUUCACGUGACGCUAUGACGCCAACGGAAUUCCUGUACAAAGUUCAGCUUUUUAAUAAAAUAGUCAUUGUUUCCACUUUUCACUAGUUAUAGCAAAGCAAUAACAUAAACAAUGAUAAAAAAUAAUAGUAACGAUAAUAAAAUUGAUAAGAAUAAGUACAAUGAUAAUAUAUUCGUAAACAAGUUAAACUUUCACCUUUGACCGUCUUUCUAAAAGCAUAGGGUGUCCCAACGAAGAGCAGCAAUUCUCUUAGAUUCUAUCACACCUUUCCUACUUCUGAACCGUUUUGUGCAACAACUAACUGGAUUUUUAGUGGCAUAUGGGUAACUGAUUACACACAAGAAAGUUAACUGUUAACAGUCACCUUGGAACUACCAUCAAAGUUUUAUUUGGGAGUUAAAAACCUUCAAUUUGGUUCAAACUUGUUAUUGUAUUAAUAAUGGUAAUAAGAGUCUAAUUUGGUCUGUAAUCAUGUGAAUGAUUAAUAAAAUCGGACGACCGCGAAGCGGGAGUCCGAUUUGUUUAUUACGAGUAUAAUUACAGACAGAAUUGGACGAAACGAAGACUGUGAGUUGGCUGUAAUCGGACAGUUGAAGCAGCCAAUCAUACCAAGUUCACUCGGCUAAAUCUACCAAUCACAGAAGUGAUCGCAAUAACUGUAGCAACAACCACUUCUCCGAAGAAAAACUGGGGAAUUUCAAAAAUGGAGGAACUUUUUACUUUAGCCAUUGUCUUCACCGGAGAUAUUUGUUCCAGAUAAGUUUGUUUUUUCGGAAAUUGUAAUGGUUAUGAUUAAUUGGUUACAGGGCUUCGUGUCGUCCUAUUCUGUCUGAGUCCGAUUUUGUCAAUCACUCAUAUGAUUACAGACCGAAUUGCAAGACUCCGCUCAUUCUUAUUACCAUUAUUACAAAGCAAUUUGUGAAAAAUAAAGCGGUUAGUACACCAAUCACAUUUAAGGAAAUAGUAAUGGUUAUGAUUAAUGCUGAGAUAGUGCAUGCUAAAGUGUUGUGGUAAAUUACUCUCUUGCUCAUCUUGUUGCGCAAACAGUGAGCCUUUAGAGUAGCAAACUCAACUUAAGGCUUGUACGACUUCAGGAAGGCAUUUUUUACGAAGAUACGAAAUGUAAACUGGUAAUA